AUAUUGAGACACAAGUGUACCCGGACGGGAAAUGGGUGGUCUGUUUCCACGGCAGUCGCUUACAGUCAUUUCCCCCCCUCUCCCCACCGAGUGUAUUUAACGGUUGUGUCGGCCUUUAGUCAGGUUUUACACCGUCGGUGAAACAUGGUAUUGAUUUAGCGCAUCCUACAUAAAGAAGCUAACAUCUACCAUCAGUCUCCGUGUCCCCGGGCGCCAUGACUGCCUACCACAGAGGGUUGCUUCACGUCCUGGCGUGGGUAUGCCUGGCCUCCAGCCUACCUGCCAGCGCUGAGCAUGAAUACCAUGUGAUGGUAGUCCCGCAGUCUCCAGUGGUGGAGAUUGGCAGUAAUUUCACUGCCACAUGCAUGCUCAUCAAUACAAGUGAAGCUACAGCAGAUGACCUCUACUGGAUUUCUUCACGGAGUGUUAUACCCAAAGAACAGUACACAAAGAUCAGCGGAUCAGCUGUUAAUGUCACCAUCACCAUCACCAGGGACACGCCUCAGUGGUUACUUUGUAAAUGCAGGAAGCCCUCCUCGCCGUAUAUAACAAUCCACGAAGGCAAAUUUGUACAUGGGAUCUUGCUUCGAAAGGGUUAUCACCCUGAGAAGCCUGAGAAUCUGUCCUGUGUGGCCAUCCAAGAGAAAGACCUUAUCUCCCCAAACAUCACCUGUGUUUGGGAACCAGGAAUAUAUCGAAGCCAGGAUCUGAAGACCAAGUACACAUUGUGUGUUACAUUGCCUGGUGAGACCCAAAAGGUGGAGGCAAAGCAAAACAACAGUGCCCAAAUAACAUUCCAAAUUUUCCCCAAUCAUGUGGAGCUUGAUUUUUGGGUGGAGGCAGAGAACAUGCUUGGCAAAGCAGAAUCUGAACAUCUGAUUGCAGAAGCUGACUGGUUUGUGAAAACAAACCCUCCAUCAGACGUGAAAGCAAUUUCUGAGAAGCAAUUUCCCACAUCCCUUCUAAUAAAGUGGAUUCGUCCUAUUGCUAAAGAAUAUGUGACACUGAUGUAUCAGAUCAGAUACCGUUCAAAUCGAUCUCCAAGUUGGCGCAAUGUCCCUCCUGUGGAUAUUGCCAAAGAGAUAGAAUCUUUUAGACUACAGGAGCUCCAACCAGACACAGUCUAUGUCAUUCAGGUACGCUGCAAGAGCGCCAGAGAGGGCUAUGGGUACUGGAGCAGUUGGAGUGCCAAUGCCACAGCAAGAACACCAGAGGACAUUCCAAAGAGUGAACCAGAUUUAUGGCGAAUCAGCAGAAAUGAACGGGAAGUGCUGUUGGUUUGUAAGGAUCCUGUGUUGUCCAAUGGGAAGAUCAGAAGUUUUAACACGAGUGUGAGAAGAGGGAAAGCAUCAUCGUCAACCACCUCAGUCAACAGAUCAGAUUCAGACGGCAGCUCCAGUAAAAUAGUGAUCACUAUUCUUGGGCUGAUAGACUUGCCCAAGAGGGAAACCGUUUAUGUCGAAGUUGUUGCCAUCAAUUCUGUGGGGAAGUCUCCCAAGGCACGGCUGGAGAUCCCAGCACAUGGUGCAGCACAUGAGCGCUCUCCAGCUGAAGGGUUGAAGUCGUGGAGCCAGAGCGGCCAGCUGUGGCUGGAAUGGCAGCCUCCCAAAGUAACAGCCGGGGGAGACGCUGUGACAGAGUACGUGGUAGAAUGGGACGAUGGCCUCCAGAUAGACUGGCAAAGGGAGCGUGGAAACACCACACGAACCGCCAUCAGAGGGAGCCUUGAGAAGUUUAAGCGCUAUACCAUAUCUGUGUAUUCAUUAUACUCUGGAUCGAUUGGCACGCCAGUGUCUGUAGAGGACUUUCUGGAACAAGGAGUACCAUCGGAGGGCCCCUCUGUCAAACUGAAUGGUACACCAGGGACCCAUGAGGCCCAGCUGGUAUGGAAAGAGAUUCCCCAGGACAAACAGCAUGGCUUCAUCACAAACUACACCAUCUUCUACUCAGCUGGGACUGAAGAGCACGCUAUACCAGUGCCAAAUGACACCUAUUCAUACCCUCUGAGGUCAUUGUCCAGUGAUACCAAGUAUGAGGCUUGGAUCAGUGCAUCAACCAUACGAGGCUCAGUCAAUGGCACAAAACACUCUUUCAGCACUUUGAAAUAUGCUCCAGGAGAGAUUGAGGGGAUUGUGGUGGGAGUUUGCCUUGGAUUCCUCUUCAUUGUCCUGCUGGCUGUGCUCAUCUGUAUCUACAAAAGAGAUAUUAUCAAGAAAAACUUCUGGCCUCAGAUCCCAAACCCUGGAAACAGCAGCAUUGGUACCUGGUCUCCAGAUUUCCCUUCCAAAGCAGACACACCUAAGGAGAAUGCCCCGGCUGAUGUCAGUGUGGUUGAGGUGGACUUGCUGGACAGGAAGUCUGUGUUUGAGGAGGACAAGGCCUGCCUGCCUUUGAAGAAGGACAAAUAUCUGUCAGAGGAGCAUAGCAGCGGCAUCGGAGGUUCCUCUUGCAUGUCCUCACCACGCCAAAGUGUGUCGGACAGCGAUGAAGGUGGCGACUCUAGUGAAACUACAGCUAGCACUGUUCAGUACUCCUCAGUGGUGGCAUGCAGUGGCUACAAGGGUCAGACCCCAAGCUCCUUGCCCAAAACCCAGCAGCCCACAUUUUUCCGGUCUGAGUCAACCCAGCCCCUGCUGGACUUUGAGGAGAAUCCUGACAUCCCAAGGCAGGAGAACAGCAGACAGUUUGGCCGUUUACCCCGAAAUCCCAGCUUCAGACACUCGCCAACUAGUGAAGACAGCUCUAACUCAGCAGAUGUGAACCAGCUGGAGAUGGAGGAUCGGGGGGGAAUGGAGUCCCUCAGUUUCUGUCCCGUGGAGGAGGGCCCUCAGCAGACUAUACCUACAGAGGAAAGCCAGUCGUCUGAUUGGCAGCAAGGAGUGCCAGUCUGCAGCUACAUGCCUCAGCUGGGUGGCUACAGGCCACAGUGAGAAGGGAGAGGGUUCAAAUUACAGUUAGUUUUCAGUAAUAUACGAGUAUUUUUUUGCACUUCACAAAAUACAGAUAUCCCAGAAUGCCUUGAUACGUUUACUCUUAAGCAUUUGCUGUGUUUUGGAGCGUGUACUAGUAGAUUUGCUGGCUUUACACUUAAAUUACAAGCGUAUAUAGGCCUUCUUUCAUAUUAAGAUAAGUGUGCACAUGAAUGCAGACCUGCCAACCAAAAUCAAUAAUACAAAAGAUACAAAAUACCUGCUUCAAGUACACAGAUCAGUAGUUAAACUAGCUGGUCCGCUGUAUUUUCAUCUCUCUUUUUGGACUGGUAGGCUCAAGCUGUAUUAAAUGUUGCGCAUUUCCUCCAUGCCCACUUUGAGUCUGAAUGUGAUUUGCUGUUUUUUUCUUUGGAAAAUAAUUCCUUUGUAUUUUUUUGUGUAAACUUUUCCAAAUCAAACUGUAAAGGAGCUUCUUAGUAAUUGAUUUCAACACAAUGUGUUACAGCCUAUUUGCCUUGAUAAUGUCGUUCUUCAGGCUAGACUAUGCUGCACUUUUUUAAAGACUGCUAAAUCUAAUUUAAGCAGACCAGUUUGUCUGGACCAGCAUUUGACCAGUUGUGGCUGGAGUGAAGUGAGUCAGAUGAGAAUACCAACAGGCACUGAGAGAGAGCAAUACGGGGAGGAGAGUGCAUGCGUCCCAGAAGUUCCUCUCCAAAUAUCAAAAGCAGUGGCCAAACUGUUAAACAGCCUUUUCAUGCCUUCUGCACAUUGUGCAACACUGAUAUACUGUAGAUAUCAGACACCAAGAAGCUUCAGGUAGCCAAAUAACUUACCAAAAAAAUACCAAACCCUCUAGUUAAUAUUUGCCUAACAUUGACUGCUGUGUAACCAAGUGCCACUUUCAGUCAGAGGAGUUAUCAGUGUGGGCCUCUAUGUGACUGUAGCUCCAUCAGGGUCAGCAUAUCUCCAGAUCUCUUUGGUGGAUCACCAUAAAAUUUGGUGACAAUAUUCAUGUUGGAUAGAGCAUGAAAUAUAUACAUUUUUGGGACCCUAUGACCUUCACUCUAGCGCCACCAACAGAUUGUCAGUAUUGCAGUGGAAUGUUCUCUAUUUGGUGGAUUUCCAUGAAUUUUGGUGAAAACAUUCAUGUCGCCUAGAGGAUGAAACCUGGCAAUUUCGGUCGACCCCAUGACUGUCCCUCUAGCGCCACCAACAUGACCAGUGAGGCAUCUGUUUUAGAUAUACAUUUUUAAUACCAUGUUCCCCAUCACAAGUAAGAAGAGUCAUUUUAUUUAACUAAUGUCAUAUGGUUAUUGUAUAUCAUAAUACUGUGAAGCUUCAAAAUUCAGGUGACAUAAUACAAUCUUGACUUAAGGAUGGCUCCCGACAGAUUCAGUACUUAUAACUGACUAAAUCUGUUUAACAAUUGUUUAUUAUAUAGUAAUAUACAGGGAAAAACCAUCACAUGAUUGUGAUACUUAACAUGUCUUCCCACAGCUGGCAGGUCUGUGAAUGUCAUAAAAAUGACAUUGGUGGAAUGAUGCUGACAGAAGGCUGUAGCAGUGCAGGUUCAAUCUGACACGUUGACUGACAUUUUACUGCCAAAUUAACUUUCUAACAUUGUACAAUAUAUACAUGAAAAGGCAUUUAUGCAUUAUCUGUGUAGUUAUUCUAAAAAGUACAUUUUGUUGUUGUAAUUUGUUUUGUUUUUUCUUUUUGCAUUUCCAUGGGAGUUUUGGAGUUAGGGAGUUUUUUCUAUAUUGGGAGAUAAGGCGAAAUGCACUUUAUAUGUUUUUCUUAUGUUUAUGUCCCCUAGAAUCUACGACCCUGACAAUACUGACUUGUAUCUGGUCAAUGUUUGUCACCAUACAGGCGUUUUCACACUCCUCUACUGAAGGUGGAGGUGUGUGUGCACGCCCCUAAAAUCUGACAAUCAGAUGUACCCCAGGCCAGCUACACUUGGUACAUCACAAAUCUGACAGCCAAUCACAUCAACUGACAGGACGCUGCUUUGCAUAUCAUUGGGAGCUCUGCCAGACGCGGUGCUGCUGGACUGCUGGGUGGAUUUUGUUUUCAAAAAAAAAAAAAAAAAAGACCAGCUCAAAACGGUUGCUUCACAUGAACAGUAUUAAUGUAAGUUUUUUUUUUUGUUUGUUUGUUUGUUUUUCAUGGUUAAAUGAUGAAAUAUGACAUAAUUUUCAUUAGUGUUGUGGGACAGGACUUCCAAGACGAGCUCUUGUUACUAUUUGCGAGAUUAUUUGCAUCAUCAUAGCUCUGCACAUUUUUAAUGAGGGCAAGGUUUGCAGUUACAUUUAAGGCACUAAAGAAUGUCUUUUCAUGGAGAAAAAAUAGAAAAUAAGUAAUAUUGAUGAACAGUGAUUAUUUUAGGGGUUUGAUAAAUCACUGUAGGGGGAUGUUAAUUGAGCCUCUGGCCAAAAAAUGACCACUUGCUGGAGGGAGACCAUGCAGACCAUUUGCAGCAAUCAUCUUGGCCUUAUCUUUUGUGUUUUGUUACAGUAUGACUUGUAUUUUUUUCACUGUACACUGGGCUGCAGAACAUCUGCUGUGAGAGAAAAGUUACGUUAAUUAAAAAGAGAAUGUUGACAGUUUUGUUGGUAAAGGCUUUUAACACUAUUUUCCUUGAACAGAGAGGAAAAGGUUCAAUAUCUCACUACAUGUCUGAAGUUGAAGAUGCCUCUUUGUUGCAUGGCUGUGAAUAAUUAUCAUUUUGAAAUCUGAAAUAAAUGUUUUUAACUAAUA